GGCAAUGACAGGUUCAACACCUUGCUCAUCCAUGAGUAAUCAUACGAAGGAAAGGGUGACAAUGACCAAAGUGACACUGAAGAAUUUUUAUAGCAACCUGAUUGCUCAACAUGAAGAACAAGAAAUGAGACAAAAGAAGUUAGAAAAAGUGAUGGAAGAAGGCCUAAAGGAUGAAGAGAAAUGACUCAGGAGAUCAGCACAUGCUCUGAAAGAAACAGAGUUUCUUCGAUUAAAGAGCACAAGACUUGGACUAGAAGAUUUUGAGUCUUUAUAAGUCAUAGGCUGAGGAGCAUUUGGUGAGGUGUGCUCAUUCAGAAGAAAGACACAGGGCAUGUGUAUGCGAUGAAAAUCCUGCGCAUGGCAGACAUGCUCAAGAAGGAGCAGGUUGGCCACAUUGAUGCGGACCGUGACAUUCUAAUGGAGGCAGACAGUUUGUGGGUUGUGAAAAUGUUCUAUAGUUUUCAGGAUAAGUUAAACCUCUACCUAAUCAUGGAGUUCCUGCCUGGAGGGGACAUGAUGACCUUAUUGAUAAAAAACAAUACUCUGACAGAAGAGGAGACUCAGUUUUACAUAGCAGAAACAGUAUUAGCCAUAGACUCCAUUUACCAGCUGGGAUACAUCCAUAGAGACAUCAAACCAGACAACCGUCUCUUGGACAGCAAGGGCCAUGUGAAACUUUCUGACUUUGACCUUUGCACAGCCCUGAAAAAAGCACAUAGGACAGAAUUUUAUAGGAACAUGAACCACAGUCUCCCCAGUGACUUCACUUUCCAGAAGAUGAAUUCCAAAAAGAAAGCAGAGACCUGGAAAAGAAACAGAUGCCAGCUAGCCUUCUCUACAGUGGGCACUCCUGAUUACAUCGCUCUUGAGGUGUUCAUGCAGAUCGGCCACAACAAGCUCUGUGAUUGGUGGUCACUCAGGGUGAUUAUGUAUGAGAUGCUCAUAGGCUACCCACCCUUCUGCUCUGAGACCCCACAAGAGACAUAUAAGAAGGUGACGAUUAAGGAAACUUUGACCUUUCCCCCAGAAGUUCCUGUCUCUGAGAUAGCCAAGGGCCUGAUUCUGAGCGUCUGCUGUAAAUGGGAACAUAGAAUCAAAGCCUCUGGAGUUGAGGAAAUAAAAAGCAAUCUUUUUGAAGGUGUUGACUGGGAACAUAUCAGGGAGAGACCAGCUGCCAUAUCUAUUGAAAUCAAGAGCAUCGAUGAUACUUCAAACUUUGAUGAAUUUCCUGAGUCUGACACUCUUAAACCCACAGUGAUCACCCUGAGACUGACUACAAAAAUAAAGACUGGGUCUUCAUCAAUUACACAUACAUAUGUGGCUGUGGCCUUCUUCAUUGGGCAAGGGAAUGCAAAUCUAAAACUGAUGCUCAUGGUUGCCCGCUCCCUCCCUGCCCAUAGGGAAACUUUCUUUGGGGCCAGCCCCUGGCCCCUCCGCUCCGGGAGCGCCACAUGGGGCCUUGCUGACCGCUCCCCAACUGUCUGCUCCCUCCAACGGGGAAUCCCAGGUAGCACAGGCUUGGACCUCUGUGCGGCCACCAACGCAAUACUAGAUCCGUCCCAGGGCCCCCAAGUCAUCCCUAUCAGGAUUUGGGGCCCCCUACCCCCAGACACUCAUGCCCUUAUCCUUGGCCAUGCCUCAUCCACCUUAAGAAGUGUCCAGGUCUACCCUGGAAUUAUUGAUAAUGACUAUACAGAAGAAAUUAAGAUUUUGACCUCAGCACUCCAGGGUCUUGUUGCGUCCCCCGCCACCCGCCUUGCCCAGCUGGUUACCCUCCCCGCGCUUUCCUCUGAUAACCCCGUUCAGUCCACCCAGCCCCAAGGAGCUUCUCAGACUGGCUCAUUGGAGGCUUAUUGGAUUCUGCCUAUUUCCCACUCUCGAUCUACACUUACCCUUAAACUAGACGGCAAAAAAUUCCAGGGGAUUCUGGACACUGGUGCUGAUGCCAGUGUGAUCUUCCAAGACCACUGGCCCACCUCCUGGCCCCUCACCCCCUCCCUCACCGACCUCAAGGGCAUAGGUCAAUCCAACAACACCCUCCAAUCCUCUAAAGUUCUGACCUGGUCAGAUGAAGCGGGUAACCAGGGUACUGUCACCCCCUUUGUGGUCCCUGGGCUCCCAGUCAACCUUUGGGGCCGAGAUAUUCUCUCCCAAAUGAAAGUCAUCCUCUGUAGCCCAAAUGAGGUGGUUACCCAACAAAUGUGA